AUGGAGAAGGUGAACAUCGAGCCAUGUGUGAAGAUGGACACCCAAACCCUUGAUCUUCUCAAGAUAAGAGAUGAUGUCACAUGGUACAUAAGGAAGCUAGGCUUGAGCAAGCUCUUCAAGCUAGAAUGUAGUGAGUACUCACAACUCACCAAGGAGUUCCUCUCCACAGUAGCUCUUGCCUUUCCCAACCACAAUGGAGACCAACCAGCUGGUGAUGGACUCCUACUCUUCAAGAUAGGCGAUGCCAAUGGGCGCAUCUCCAUCUCAGCUCUAUGCCAACUCUUUGGACUUCCCAAUGAGACAGCACAUGACUUCAAGGAGAACUCAAAGAGGAAACAAGCUGCCUUUGCUGAUUGGACACACUUUGCCAAAAUGGGAACUUGUCACUCUUUGAGAAUAUGA